AUGGAUUCCAUACUAGACCAUGAAACUAAAGUGCUCGCUCCAGAGAAACCCAUCAGCGAUGAAGACCAACUUGCAGCCCUUGGUCAUGUCCAAGAGCUCCGUCGUGACUUCUCUCUAUGGUCAAUCGUUUGUCUCCAAAUCUCCCUAAUGGCCACCUGGGAGGCGUUAUCCUCGGUUGUCGCUGCGGCCCUUACCAAUGGCGGAGCACCAUGCUUGUUUUAUAACUAUGUGAUUACCUUGAUUGGUACAAUGUUCAUUGUCCUCUCGCUGAGCGAAAUUGCCUCUAUCUACCCUACUGCUGGCGGACAAUACCACUGGGUUCAUUGUCUCACACCGGCAUCAUAUCGGGCCACCGCAUCUUGGUUUACGGGUUGGAUUUCAAUCGGCGGGCAGUUGGUGUUUUCUGCCUCGGCAGCCUUCGCCGCAGGCUUGCAGCUACAGGCACUCAUCACAUUGAACCAUCUCGACUCCUAUAACCCAACUAGAUGGCAAGGCAUGCUUUUCUAUUGGCUCAUAUUAGCUUACUCGACUGCGGUCAAUAUCUGGGGUUCCAAGAUCUUGCCUCACACCAAUACAACAGCCGGUGUAUUGCACGUCAUUGGCUUCGUUGUAAUAGUGGCCGUUUUGGGAGCAAUGUCCGAGAAGCACUCUGCAAGUUAUGUCUUCGUCGAAUUCUCCAACACCAGUGGAUGGGACAAUGAUGGGGUUUCCUGGUUAGUAGGGUUGUUGAGCACUGUAUAUCCUUUCCUUGGAUAUGAUGCAGCUUGCCAUUUAAGCGAGGAAAUGCCAAAACCGUCCCGUAAUGUACCACUGGCCAUGAUAGGCAGUGUCGUUAUCAACGGAGUAAUUGGCCUAGUAUAUACUAUUGUCCUACUGUUCUCUUUGGGAGAUCUAGAAUCCUUACUGGAGUCUAAGACGGGAUUUCCGUUCAUCCAGCUCUUUUUAAAUGUCACUGGCUCCUCGGCUGGUGCCUCCGUGCUAGUCCUAUGCAUCACCUUGAUCGCGAUGGCUGCCAAUGCUGCAUGUGUGACAUCUACUAGCCGUACAGCCUGGGCAUUCGCACGGGACAAUGGGUUGCCAGCGUCGGAAUUCUUCGCAGAAGUGAGCCCCACACUGAAAGUCCCGGUGCGCAUGGUUCUCGUGGUUGGCUUUCUCCAAAUGCUGCUUGGGUUGAUCUAUCUCGGCAGCUCAACCGCCUUCAACGCGGUAUUAUCUAUGGCUAUUUUGGGAAUGUAUGCCUCGUAUAUUUCCCCGAUUGUGUUCAUGUUGAUAUAUGGUCGGCGAAGCUCAGCAGCGAUUGUCCGUGGACUUGGCUCAGGAUCAUUCAACCUAGGGCCACGAUGGGGCCCAGUCGUCAACAUCGUUGCCAUCCUUUGGCUCAUCAUAGCAAUGGUUUUCAGCACUUUCCCAACGGUGGAGCCGGAUGUUGAUUUCGAAGUUGUUGAAUAG